AUGGAGCAGGUAUCUCUGCUUAGUAAUAUAGGUAUCUUCUUAGAUGAAGGAGGUGAUGUUUUGUCAGAAGAAGAAGACGAUGAUACAUUUGAUGUAAAGGAAUGUUUUACAAACUGUCAACAAGGGUUCUGCUCUGUUCGAGCUAUUCAUCGGAGGUUCCCGAUUACAACAUGGCUUCCUCGCUAUACACUGGCUGAUCUUAAAGGUGAUGCAAUUGCUGGAGUGACUGUAGCUCUAACUGUUAUUCCACAAGGUCUAGCUCUUGCAAUAUUAGCUGGACUACCACAACAGUAUGGACUGUACACUGCUUUUAUGGGCUGCUUUAUGUAUGUCAUAUUUGGAAGCUGUAAGGACCUGACAAUAGGACCUACUGCUAUAAUGUCCAUUAUAACCUCCGAACAUGUUCUUACUGGAGGAGUUUCUUACUCUGUAUUACUUACCUUUCUCUGUGGAUGUAUUCAAUUGCUAAUGGGCUUUCUUAAUUUAGGGUUUUUAAUAAAUUUUAUACCUGCACCUGUGAUUAGUGGCUUUACUUCUGCAGCUGCCAUAACCAUUGCUACAACUCAGUUGAAGGUAAGCUUACUUCAAACCAUUUACUGA